AUGAUGUAUCUCAGCUCUCCCACAACAAUUUUUGUCUUCGUUUCUGUAUGCUUAGCAGCAGCAGAAUCCAACACCACUUACCCACAGGCCAAACCAGCUCUUGCGGUCAAUUUUCCGGAUCCCGCGCUGGUCUCGGUAGAUGGGAUGUGGCUGGCAUUUGCGACAGCAGGUAACGGUCGCAAUGUCCAGGUCGCGGCCUCGGCGUCGUUUAGCGAGCACUCGUGGAGGCUGCUUGAGGAUGUCGACGUGCUGCCAGAUCCAGGGCCAUGGGCGGCGAAUGACCGCAACAUAUGGGCACCUCACGUGUAUGAAUUGGAAGAUGGCCGCUGGGUCAUGUACUAUGCUGCCACGGUAAAGAACGAGACAAGCAAACAUUGUGUUGGAGCAGCCCUGUCAACCAGUGUUCUUGGUCCAUACAGUCCGGUGAAGAAGCCUUUCGCCUGUCCUCUUGAUGACGGAGGAGCUAUUGACCCAGCUGCAUUUCGAGACCCCAAAGACGGUAACCUGUAUGUGGUCUACAAGGUGGACGGAAACAGUAUGAAUCCCGGUGGUGGCCCAUGCGGAUCGGGUGGCUUGCCUCAGGACUACCGGCCUACACCGAUCCUGCUGCAACAGAUAGAGGAGGACGGUGUGACGAGGAUAGGGGAACCUAUCGAGGUCUUGGACCGUGACGAGGCCGACGGAGUUCUUGUCGAGUCCCCGAGCCUGUUCUACAGUGGAAGCCAGGAGCUAUAUUUCAUGACCUUCAGCAGCAACUGUUAUUCGACCGAACACUAUGAUAUUAGCUUUGCAUUUUCGGAGCACCUGACCAUGCCCUUCACGAAGAGCAGUUACCCAUUGAUGACGACGCAGACAGGGCCGGUGACAGCGCCAGGGGGUGCAGAUAUGACUCCAGAUGGCAAGUUUGCGUUGUUUCACGGAACGGUUGGGCAAUAUGAGUCUGGCGAACCUAUCAGACACAUGUUUGCUGCUGAGGCGAUGCAGAUGGGCACUGACAUGAGUGCAUGGCCAAUUCGAUAG